UUUGCAAUGACACCGGCGACUUUUCCAAAAUAUUUCCCACCACACAACGACAACAAACUCCACCCACAUCAACAGACAACCUUCCACACACCCACCUUCCACACCUUCACCACCUCCCCAACGGGAUGCCGUCGCUGUUUGGGAAGCUGUUUGGUGGCAAGCAGCGACGCUUGGAGAAGGCGCUGGCCAACAUUGACCAGACGACCGACCCUUCCCUCUUCUGGAAAACUGUCGGCGACCUCGGCGAAGGCACCUUUGGCACCGUGCACAAGGUCAAGCAUGCGGAGACGGGCGAGUUUGCGGCCGCCAAAAUCAUCCCCAUUGAGAGCGAGGAGGAUCUCUUUGACUACGCCGUCGAAGCGGACAUCUUGCUGGAGUGUCCUCAUGAGCACAUCGUUGGUCUGCGCGGCGCCUACCUGUGGAAAUCCAAGCUCUGGAUUGUCAUGGAGCUGUGCGAAGGCGGAGCGCUGGACGACGCCCUCAUCGAGUUGGAGCGCGGCUUGGAGGAGGCGCAGAUCCGCGUUAUCACGCGCCAACUGCUGCUGGCGAUUGCGCACCUGCACGGGUCAACGGUGAUCCACCGUGACCUCAAGGCCGGUAACCUCCUCCUCGACAGAGACGGCAACAUCAAACUCACCGACUUUGGGGUGUCGUCAUAUCGCAAGAAGCAGAGCGACUCGUUCAUCGGCACCCCAUAUUGGAUGGCGCCCGAGGUCAUCAUCUGCGAGAACAUCCGCGACCGCCCGUACAACGCCAAGGCUGACAUCUGGUCGCUUGGGAUCACGCUGAUUGAGCUUGCGGAGACGAGCCCGCCCUAUCACGACAUGCAUCCGAUGCGCGUCCUGUUCAAGAUCCCGAAAUCAGCGCCGCCCACCCUCAACGAGCCCCACCUCUGGUCGGCCGAGUUUUCCGAUUUCCUGCAGUCGUGCCUGCACAAGGACCCAAGCGACCGCCCCACAGCUGAGGAGCUGCUUGCACACCCGUUUGUGCAUGACGCAACAGACAACCGUCCAUUGCGCAACCUCUUCAAGCUGCUCAAGGCUGACGUGGUUGAGACGAUUGAGGACCUGAGUGCGAGUGCGACGGCCAAAUUGGCGGAGAGCAACAUCCGCCACAUGCAGCAGAUUGCACAGGCCGCCAGGAACAGGGAGGAGGGCGCUGCGACGCCGCAGCCAACACGACCGGCACCGCCGCCACCAGCGGGACCGCUCGCAGCAGCAGGCGGCUCAGACACAACCAGCGACACGACAGCAACGACCGUGGCCAAGGGGGCGCGGAGUGGUGAUGAUAUUGGUGAUGGUGAUGGUGAUGGUGAUGGUGAGGAUGAGAGGGAGUACGGGUUUGCGGAGCAGAAGGCCACGCAGGAGACAGCCCCCGCCAUCACGGUUGACGAGACCGCAGCACCAUCGUCGUCAUCGUCGACAGCGCCGCAGUCGUCGUCUGCAAUGGGCGACUCAUCGGCCACAGAUGCUUCGCUAUUGUCUGCUGGGGAGGACGGCAAGAAGUUCAAAACGCUGACGAAAACGCGGACAUUUGUGAACGAAGACGGACAGGAGGUGACAUUCACCACCAGCCGCAUUGUUGCCACGUCACGCCCGCACGGAUACACCAUGAAGGGGAAGCCGGGCAUUUCCUCCAAAUACGCCGACUGGGAGCAGACGGAUGCGCAGAAGACGGCGCUGCUGCGGAAUCAGCAGUUGCGGGAAAUGCGGCAGCUGCGACGCGAGGAGACGAAGGAGACAAACGAGCUCGUUGCCCGCCUCAAGGCAGAGCGCGAAACAAACCGUGCGGUGCAGCGGACGAAGACGCUGCCACGGAAGGAGCGCCGCGCGUCGAAGCGAGAGGCGGUGGAGACGGCAUCGCAGACGGCCGAGGAACACGCGCGCACGCUCGACGACCAGCAGCACCAGGAGGAGGAACGCGAGCUGAAGAUGCUUCGUGCGCAGCAGCGGGCGGAGAUGUUGCGAACGCGCCUCACCCUCAUGCAGCGCGAACACGACAUCUUGCACGAGCGCGCAGACAAGAUCUCAGACCUGGGCCACCAACACAUGCUUGAGACGCACCAGAUGCUGCGGCACCAGCUCCACGCAACAUUCCUCCUGCAGAAGCACCAGGAGUUUAAGAGCAACGAGGAGCGGAAAUACAACAUGAUGAAGAGCAAAUUGGAGGAGGCGUAUCAGGAUGCGCGGCAGUCGCUCUUGCGGCAGAUGGACGUCGAGCUGGAGGAAUUGCGCGAACAGCAGCAGCUGAAGAAGCAGGCAAUCAUAACCAACGAGACGAAGAAGUUGCGAGAGCUGGACGAGAAGCACGCUGCGGAGCUGCGCGAGUACAAGAGUCAGGUCGCCGCGUCCCGUGCACAGCUCGACGACGAGUGCACGGCCGAGCGCCGACGCAUCGAGGCUGCCUCUGGUUCCCGCACAUUGAUUGAAACAGAACAGCAGCAGCAACAGCAACAGCCCGAAUCCUAGCGCCCCCUUCUCCCUUUCCAUCAUGCCACUUAACCACAUCCACGCUCUUACCCUGUUGUCAAUACGUAAAACCACCAUCACCCCACCAUCACACUCAGUCACCUCGUUACCGUGACACACAUCUCCCCGUCCCCUGACGCCCUUUGUCCCUUUCUCUUCCCUUCUGCUUCUUCGUCGUUCUUGUUCCCCGCUGACACCCUUCCCCCUCCCCCCCCCGGCCCCAAUUUCUUGUCACCUGUUCAUUGUGCUUGGUCACGUUGCCAUGUAUUGGGAAGGGAAAUAGAUACGUACACAACUGCACCACAAGCACGACUGAAUCAAUUGCAAAAUACAUACAGCACAACUGGCA